AUGGUUUUGGUACCGCUUAUGAUGUUUUUUCUCUUUCAAGUGUUUUUAUCACCGGCAGACAGCCUUCUAAUACGGCCGCAUGAGACGGACGAGCUCACUCUCUCAUCAUACGACUACAUAAUUGUCGGAGGAGGUGUUUCCGGCCUUGUGGUUGCUAAUCGGCUCAGCGAAGACUCGAAUGAUAUCGUCACCGUCCCGGGACUGAUCGGCCAUGGAUUCCCCCCCGCCUACAACUGGAAUUUUACCACGGCGCCCCAGGAGUUCCUCGACAGCAACACACGGGACUACGGGCAAGGGCAUGUGGUUGGCGGAGGAAGCAUUCUCAACGGCAUUGUCACAACCAGGGGUGCCCGCGCCGACUACGAUGCUUGGGAAGCACUGGGAAAUCCCGGCUGGGGCUGGCAAGACAUGCUGCCAUACUUUAAAAAGUCCGUCCAUGGGACCAGCGGCCCCCUUGAGGUCACCUAUCCCAACUUUCUCUACAACCAAUCCAGAGUAGCCGUGGGAGCCAUGAUUGCCCCGGCGAGCAUGUCGGCCAGCAAUCAAUCGAGGAUGGACAGCAGAACGGCCUAUCUCGACCCCGUGCUCUACCGGCCGAAUCUGCACCUUGCCGUUGGGCAGACUGUCACCCGUCUCCUCAUUGAGUCUAAUGGGACCGCAAACACUGCCGCCCCCCCCUUUUAUACCACCUCUGCCGAAUCUCUCCACCGGCAAGUGUGGUGCGGUAGAGAGGUUAUCCUCGCCGCCGGAGCUAUUAUCUCACCAGCUCUGCUUCAGGUGUCCGGGAUCGGGCCAGCCGACCUCCUGAAUGAGUUGGGUGUUCCAGUGAAGGUCGAUCUUCCGGGGGUGGGGCAGAACUUCCAAGACCACCCCAUGGUUGGGGUUUUCUACAACUGUCCGUGGACAAGCCCCCUAAUCACCACCAUCGCCUUCGCCCACCUCAGCCACCUCACCGCCAACAACAACACCACCACCACCACCACCAACACCACCGCUUCCCUCCUCACCGCCCUCCUCAACACAACCACCCCAAACCCAAACACAAACACAAACACAUCCAGCCCCAGCCCCAACCCCAACCCCAACCCCAACCCCAACCCCAACUCCCUCCAAUACCUCCCGCACACCACCACCCGCCACAAAACCCUCCUCGCAGGCUACACCGCCCAACUGACCCUCCUCGGCAGCACCCUCCUCCCCAACCCGGCCGUCGCCGCCCUCGAGCUCCUGGCCGACUCCCUCGGCACCCUGACCGUGGCCGUGCAGCACCCCCUCAGCAGGGGCACGGUGCGCGCGCUUUCGGCGGACCUACUCCUGCUCGGGGGCGAUGGUGGUCAUAAUGGCGGUGGCGAAGGUGGUGGUGGUGGUGGUGGGGUGGCGCGCAACAUCGCGCUGGACCCGCGGUACUGCUCGCACCCGGCGGAUUGCGCGCUGCUGGUGGCCGGGGUGGGGAUGAGUGGGCGGGUGGCGGGGACGCGGGCGAUGCGGGAGUUGAGGCCGCGGCCGGAGGUUGGGCUUGCGGUUUCUUCUUUUGGUAGUGGUGGCGGCGAUGGCGGUGGUGAUGGUGCUAAUGGUGAUGAUGGGAAAGAGGUGCUGGAGAUGGUCAAGCGGCGGGUGCAGACCGAGUUUCACGCGUCGGGGACCACGGCCAUGAUGCCGCUCCACUUGGGGGGCGUGGUCAGCAAGAGGCUGGUGGUGUAUGGCACGGCGAAUGUGAGGGUGGUGGAUGCCGGGAUCAUGCCGCUUGUUGUAGGCGCCCAUAUACAGGCUGCCGUGUAUGCGGUGGCGGAGAAGGCGGCGGAUCUUAUAAAGGAGGACAACAAGCGUAAUGUCGGUCGACAUCUCAAGUCUAGGAAAGGCAAUUAG